ACCCAGUUUAUCCUCUCCCUAAUGGCGCUUCCUCUGCGCCCCGCUGCUCCGGCGCCACCGCCUUGGCGAUGCUCUGGCGUGAGCUCCUCGCCGCGCGCAUCCCUCCGGGACACGGCCUCCAUUCUAGGCUACUAGCGAGCUCCAUCCGGUGUGGUUCCUCCUCCCUGGUGCCUCAGCUGGCCUGGGCAGGGGCUGCUCAACGAAAUGCCUCCCAUUUCUCCCCCUUGCUCCGGUGUUAAUCGUGGUGGAGAGUAACAGCGCUAGUCUGUUGGCUUUUUAAGAGAUCCUGAGCGACAAUUCACUAAGAGAGGGACGGCAGGUACACGAGCUAAGAGGUCUUGUUUUGCUUGUUAUGUCUUCCUGAGUGUAAGGGAGGGUGGUCUGGGGCCUCUCUUGCACUUCCUUCUGAAAGGAAUUCGAUAUAAGAGCCAAGGCUACCGGACAGUGCCUCCAUUCCUUUGCUUGCGUGUCUUGUUCCAAAGUUCUCAAUUCCUUUUGACGUGUCACUGUUUCUUCGUUUCAUUGUGGUGUGAGCUUAGACUAGAGAAAGGAAGGACUAUUCCUUCUUGGAUGGCAAAAGUUUGGAGUUCCAUUGGCUUUUGAAAGGACUGCAUUACCAAGAUUGCAGCUUGAUACUUAGCAAACGUUUCCUGUUCCAUUACCAGUUGACCGGGUUGCAAGAUUUUCCUUAUCUGCAAAGCGUUCUGCAUCUCGGCUUGUCCAGUCAAUGACUGAUCUCACCAGUUUUAGAAGUGAUGGGAUCCAUGCAGCCAAUGAACAUGCACAUGAUCUCAUGAGGUCCAUAUCUGAUCUUCAGGUAUGAUGGAAGUUCUAUUAUCCUCUUUUGGGAAAGCAUGUAUUUUCAGUAGUUGCAUCAUAUAUGUUCUGCCUCCUGCUUGCUUAGCAGAACCAUGUGAGCAAGAGUACUCUCUUCCUAACAUGCCUUUGCUGUUUGCAAUAGCCAUGGUUGGUGCUACUGUUGGAGGGCUCCUUGCAAGACACAGGAGAGGGGAGCUUGCACGGCUGAAUGAUCAGUUACGUCAGAUAAAUGCUGCACUGAGAAGACAAGCCAAGAUUGAAUCUUACGCUCCUACUUUGAGCUAUGCCCCAGUUGGUAGUAAGAUACCAGAAUCAGAAGUUAUUGUUGAUCCUCAGAAAGAGCGCCUGAUUGCAUAUCUGAGGACUGGGAAGAACUACCUGAGAAACCAAGCUCCUGACAAGGCAUUUCCUGAGUUUAAGGCAGCUCUUGAUCUUGCACAAGCUUUAGGUGAUCAUGUUGAAGAGAAGAAAGCAGCACGAGGAUUAGGAGCAUCGUUCCAGAGACAAGGCAAGUACAAGGAAGCCAUAAAGUAUCACUCCAUGGUCCUAAACAUCUCUAAGAUGACCGGAGAGGAUGCAGGUGUCACUGAAGCAUAUGGAGCAAUAGCAGACUGCUACACCGAGCUUGGUGAGCUUGAGAAGGCUGGCGAGUUCUACGAUAAAUACAUUGCAAGGUUGGAGAGUGACUGAAAAUAAGAGCACUUUAGUGUACUGUAGAUUUGCAGUUCCCAGCUGGAACUGAGGUUUGUUAUCAUCAUGCAAGUUCUUUUUGGCAGGAUUGGUAUGAGUUCCAAAUCUAUAAAAAAAAUCAAAGCAUUCGUGGA